ACUGGAUUAUCGCUGCUGCGUGUGUUGGUAACUUUGGACCGUUGUUUGGAAUGUUGCUCGGAUCUAUAGAAAGAGGACUCAUUUUCCCAGCAUGCUCGAGCGUCGGGUGUGAGUGACGUCACCGGCUGGACGCUCGGGCCUGUCAAUCAGAAGCUCGGUUGGAAUUUUCGCGCGGAACAAAAAAGCAGAGAAGGAAGAGCUCGCGCAGAUGUGGCCUAUGACAAAAUAGGAUCUAACACAUACUGUAUUGCAUACAAACCUUCGCAAUGCAGAGCACGAUAAGAUCAUUCUUCCAGCCAGUAGCCCGAGCAAAUCCUGGAAAAGAGAUAGAAGAAAAUAACCAUCUAGAAGAAGAGCCCACCCCCAAAAAGAAAUCAGUAAAUUCUGAACAGACAGUAAAUGGUACAGCACUGUGUGCAGAUUUCUCAAGGAAUCCAGCAGCCAAAAAAGGUGAAGAUGAAGAAAAUUCUAGGAAAACAGAAGAAAAGGAUACACAAGCUGAUGAAAGCAAACUGGAAUCUGUCUGUGUUCCUGAACAGAAUAAUCCUGCAGAGAGCAUCUCCCCAAGCACUAGCCCAGCUCCCUCUAAUUCACUCUCACCUUCUAGCAUUCCACGACGCAAAACUGCCCGCAAGCAGGUCCCUAAACGUAAAGCACAGGAAGAAGUCAACAGUUAUAAUAAUUCUGAGGAAGCUCUUAGUGCCAAAAGGCAGAAAGGAGAUGAUGAUGGAGAUGGUCCAAAUGGAGAGCUGGAUGAGAGACCCAUGGAAGUGGAAGAAGAGAAAGUCAAAGAUGAGAGUUCAAAACAGAUAAAGCAUGAAGCAGAGACAGAAGCAGAGGAAGAGAAAAUGCUGACAUCCAAGCCAUCCAACAAGCCCAUCUCUAGCUUUUUUGCCCCCAGGAAAGCCUCUGUGAAAGCAGACAAAAAUCAGCCACCUGGGUUGGAAGAAAAUGUGCCUCCAGCAAAGAGUCACAGCGAAGUCAGUAACCACGAAUUAAAUAGCUUGGCUGGAGAUUCUCUGAAGCCUUCACUCACACUUGAGCCUUCAGAGUACAACCCAGCAAAGAACAACUAUCAUCCUGUCCACGAUGCUUGUUGGGGUCCUGGUCAGAGGGUACCAUACUUGGCUGUGGCUCGUACCUUUGAGUGGAUUGAACAAGAGUCUGCCCGGUUGAAAAUUAUAGAGACACUGAGCAAUCUGUUUCGCUCUGUGAUUGCCCUGUCUCCAGAAGACCUGCUGCCCUGUGUCUAUCUUUGUCUAAAUCGGCUAGGUCCAGCAUACGAGGGGCUAGAACUGGGAAUUGGCAAAACCAUUCUCAUGAAAGCUUUGGCUCAGGCCACAGGUCGACAGCUGGAUCAGAUCAAGGCAGAGGCAGCUGAGAAAGGAGAUCUAGGAUUAGUUGCUGAAAGCAGCCGCACCACACAAGGCACCAUGUUUGCCCCACCGAAGCUUGGUGCUGCUGCAGUCUUUGGCAAACUGCAAGCAAUUGGGCGCAUGAUGGGGAGCUCUUCCAUGAACAAGAAAAUUGACAUUAUCAAGUCCUUGUUUGUUGCCUGUCGCCAUUCAGAGGCUCGUUACAUUGCUCGAUCACUAGAAGGGAAGCUGCGGAUUGGGUUAGCAGAACAAUCUGUUCUGUCAGCUUUGGCCCAGGCAGCAUCACUCACUCCUCCAGGACAAAAAUUCCCCCCAGAAGUUCUGGAUGCUGCAAAGGGCAAAUCUGCAGAGACCCGCAAAGCCUGGCUAGAUGAGAGAGCUUUGAUUGUUAAGCAAGCCUUCUGUGAGCUGCCAAAUUAUGACACCAUUGUACCUGUCCUCUUAGAGCAUGGCGUGGAGAGCUUGCCUCAGCACUGCAAAAUCACACCAGGAAUCCCCCUGAAGCCCAUGCUGGCUCACCCAACCAAAGGAAUUGGAGAGGUAUUAAAGCGUUUUGAGGAGGCAGCUUUUACUUGUGAAUAUAAGUAUGAUGGGGAGCGAGCACAGAUCCACAUUCUGGAGAACGGAGAAGUACAUAUCUACAGCCGGAACCAAGAGAACAACACAACCAAAUAUCCUGACAUUGUCAGCCGUAUCCCCAAGGUUAAAAAGAGUUCUGUACAGUCAUGCAUCUUGGAUGCUGAGGCUGUGGCCUGGGAUCCUGAUUCUAAACAGAUCCAGCCAUUCCAGGUGUUGACUACCCGGAAGCGUAAGGAUGUGGAUGCUGAAGAUAUCCGAGUGCAGGUUUGCGUGUAUGCAUUUGACAUGCUCUACCUCAAUGGGCAGUCUUUGGUCCGGGAACCCCUAUCCCAGCGCCGAGCCCUACUGCGUGAUUCCUUCACUGAGGUUGAAGGUCAGUUCCUCUUUGCAACCUCCAUGGAUACUAGUAAUACAGAUGAGAUUGCUGAAUUCCUGGAACGCUCCAUCAAAGACUCUUGUGAGGGGCUAAUGGUGAAAACACUAGAAGUGGAUGCCACAUAUGAAAUUGCAAAGAGAUCCCACAACUGGUUGAAGCUGAAAAAAGAUUAUCUGGAAGGUGUGGGGGACACUCUGGACCUGGUUGUGAUUGGUGCCUACUUGGGCAAGGGCAAACGUGCAGGCACAUAUGGCGGUUUCCUUCUGGCUUGUUACGAUGAGGAAAGUGAAGAGUUCCAGAGCAUCUGCAAGAUCGGCACUGGUUUUACAGAUGAGGACCUCGAGAAACUCCAUACCUCUCUCAAGGACCAUGUGAUUCCACAGCCACGGCCAUACUACCGCUGGGGUGGGACAGCAGAUCCUGACCACUGGCUGGAGUCCCAGCAUGUCUGGGAAGUGAAAUGUGCAGACCUAUCCAUUUCUCCUGUCCACAGAGCAGCAACUGGAUUGGUGGAUGAAGAAAAGGGCAUCUCUCUACGCUUCCCCAGAUUCCUACGCAUCCGAGAGGAUAAGAAACCAGAGGAAGCUACUACCAGUGCUCAGGUGGCUGAGAUGUACAGGAAACAGCAACAGAUCCAGAAUCAGCAGUCAGUGGAAAAAGGAGAUGAUGACUUUUACUAAUCAUCCUUCUUAAAGUCUUGCUGGCUUCUUGGCCUCCUAAAGACAAUAUUAUAAACCACUCCACCCACUUUCUAGUGGUCAGGGAAAGGGUGUGUGUGCUGAAUCUAGAUUCUACUUUUCAUUCCUGGGCUUGUUAAUGAUGCCAUGCAGCUUGCAAUUGGGCAAACAAAGGGAAAAGUCGGUGGCGGUGUAUUAAUAAACCUUGGUAUUUUGUGUUA